CAAACCUUGCAAUGACACCGAAAGACUGAAUUUUUUCUGUUUGGCCGGAGAGAAAAUACGAGGGAAAAUCAAGGGGAAGUGUAAGAAAAUGUUUCGUUACAAUCCAGCUGCAACCCUUUCGCUAUGUUUCAAAGAAACAUUAGUCGAAGAGUAAGCAAAACGAAGAUUGUUUAUCCACAAAAACGAAGCUUGUUGAUUUUAAGUCGCAGCUUCAUUACUCAAUCUGAACCUGAAUCUACCUCUACCCAAGACGCCGCCGCCGCCGCCACUGCCGCCGGUAUCGCCAAUCUUGUCCUCGAGUCUGAUCCGAGAAGCUUGAGAGGAGUCCUCCAUGGAUUACAAGUGCAAUUUACGCCUGAACUUGUGGACAAGAUCCUCAAGCGCCUCUGGUUCCAUGGACCGAAGGCGCUGCAAUUCUUCAAACACCUUGAAUACCAUCCUUCUUACGCACACUCCUCCUCCUCCUUCGACCGUGCCAUCGAUAUUGCAGGCCGUUUGCGCGACUACAAGACCCUAUGGGCUCUCGUGGCUCGAAUGCGGGCUCGCCGGCUCGGACCCAGUCCCAAAACCUUCGCAAUUAUAGCUGAGAGGUUCGUGGGCGCCGGAAAACCCGAUAGAGCGAUUAGGGUUUUCUUGUCAAUGCGGGAACAUGGCUGCCGACAGGACCUGCAUUCUUUCAAUACCAUUCUCGAUAUUCUCUGUAAGUCAAAACGCGUAGAAAUGGCUUACAAUCAUUUGUUUAAGGUUUUGAGGGGAAAGUUUAAGGCUGAUGUUGUUAGCUAUAACAUAAUUGCAAAUGGCUGGUGCUUGAUCAAGCGUACACCGAAGGCACUGGAGAUUUUGAAGGAGAUGGUGGAAAGAGGUAUGACUCCAACUAUUACUACUUACAAUAUACUUCUAAAAGGGUAUUUUAGAGCUGGUCAGAUUAAGGAAGCUUGGGAGUUCUUUUUGGAAAUGAAAGAGAGGAAAGUGGAAAUUGAUGUCGUUACUUAUACUACUAUGGUUCAUGGGUUUGGUGUUGUGGGUGAAAUUAAAAGGGCUCGUAAGGUUUUUGAUGAGAUGGUUGGAGAAGGGGUCCUUCCUUCUACAGCAACAUACAAUGCUAUGAUUCAGGUUUUGUGUAAGAAAGACAGUGUGGAGAAUGCGGUUCUGUUGUUUGAGGAGAUGAUGAAAAAGGGUUAUGUGCCAAAUUUAACCACUUAUAACGUAGUUAUCAGAGGAUUGUGUCAUGUGGGCAAUAUGGAAAGGGCUAUGGAGUUUAUGGAGAGAAUGAGAACUGGUGGAUGUGAACCAAAUGUUCAGACUUACAAUGUUGUCAUUAGGUAUUUUUGUGAUGCUGGUGACAUAGAAAAGGGGUUGGAUGUGUUUGAGAAGAUGGGCCGGGGGGAUUGUUUACCAAAUAUGGAUACGUAUAAUGUUUUGAUUAGUGCAAUGUUUGUGAGGAAAAAAUCUGAUGAUUUAGUGGUUGCUGGGAAGCUGUUGCUUGAGAUGAUUGAUAGAGGAUUUCUCCCUCGAAAGUUCACUUUCAAUCGAGUCCUUAACGGGCUCUUGCUGACGGGUAAUCAAGCUUUUGCAAAUGAGAUUUUGAGAUUGCAGAGCAAAUGUGGCCGUCUUCCUCGUAAAUUUAAGUUAUGAAGCCAACAUGGCUUAUGAGUGAUGUGAGUUCCAGUGCCCCCAUUUGAUCUUGUUGGUGACUCCGGAACCAGUCUCAUUCUUGCUGAAGAUGUCAAACAAGAUUUCCCUCUACGCUUAUACGUUUACGGGGAACGGGCAACUUAGUCCCUGUGAAACUGAAGUUAAGAGAUGGAAUGAAGUUGAUGUCUUGAAGUCCUCCAUCACCAAACAAUGCACGUUCUUGAGAGAUUUCAUAUGUAGAUUACAAAGCAGCAGGUAAAAGUGGUCAUUGAAGGUCAUCUGUUUCCUUCUUGAUAUCCUUGCAGAGAACACUGAGCGAUCGGGCGUACUCGUACAAGAAACUGUGACGACUGCCAAAUCAGAACAAUCCGGAUCCGGAACUCUUGAGGUUAAACAUGCCAAUAUCUCCAGGAAUACAAGACCAUUGACUUGAUUCACCUAGCUUCUACUCUGCAGCAUUCAAGGCAAAUUUAUUCAGGUUCCUAUGGCAAUUAUUCUAUCCUGAGAUCUUGCUCGGCCGAGAAGUCGAAAAUCGGUGUGGAGUUUUAAUUUAAGCUUGUAAAAUGAGGAUUUUUUACCACCUUAUAUUAGAUCGAAACAACUUUCUUGUAGGUCCGUAUAAAUUUCUGGUCAGCGUGAAACCUCUAGCCAAUUUUUCAUUUUGUAUUAUGAAAUCAUAGGGUGCCUUUAGUAUGACUUAUUUUGGUGAUCCGAGAACUUCUAUAAUGUUGGCGUGAUUCAACUUGAGUAGUGGAUCAG